UAAUUUCUUCAAACUGAAAAGUCUUCCAUAUUAAAAACCAAAGAGGGUGGACCCAAAUCAGACUAUACUUGGAAAUUCUAAACCCUUGCUUUGAAUUCAAAACAACAACAAAUUCUCAAGUAAUCUUUGAUGUGGAAUACUUGUCUCUCAUCAUUUCAGUGUAAUUUUGACUCCAUCUAAUUGAUAUUCGUUGCGGGAUCUCAGGAUUAUUCCCAGGUGAACAAUCUGAACUAUUUUGUUGAUUAAGCUCGUUUGCUGAUGUUGAUUCUGAAUCCUAUAACAUAAAGCUCGAGUUUCAGGAGAUGGGUUUGCGUUCUUGAAGUCGAAUCUGACCAAAAACAUGUUCUUUUUGAGGAAACCCCGAGGUAAAGAUGCCGCCUUUCGCCGUGUGUUACCUGUGGUCGUGGUUACAAUAUUUGCAGUUCUGUUUGUUAUAUUUCUCCUGAAUACAACUACUUCAGAUCCUCAUAGGGAGAUUUGGAGUUCUAAUCGGGUUGGUGAAGUUGAAUUGGUUAAGUAUAACUUGUCUUCUUUUAAUGUUAAACCAAGGCUACCUAAACAGAACAAAUUGUCUAUUGCAUUACAGAAAAAGAACCAAUUGCCACCAAGAAAUUUAGAUCUUUUCCCAAGUUUGGCUAAAGACCAUACAAUAAUCGUUCUUUAUGUUCAUAAUCGGCCGCAGUAUCUCCAAGUGGUGGUUCAGAGUUUAUCUAAAGUAGAGGGUAUUGGCGAAACUUUACUUAUAGUUAGUCAUGAUGGGUACUUCGAAGGAAUGAACAAAAUUAUAGAAAGUAUUAGGUUUUGUCAAGUGAAACAGAUUUUUGCUCCGUAUUCGCCACAUCUGUUUCAAGACAGUUUCCCUGGUUCUUCAGCGGGUGACUGCAAAGAUAAAGAUGACCCAUUGCUGAAAAAUUGCCAAGGGAAUGCAGAUCAGUAUGGGAAUCACCGGUCUCCAAAGAUUAUCUCGUUGAAGCAUCACUGGUGGUGGAUGAUGAAUACAGUUUGGGAUUCUUUGGAAGAGAGCCGUCAUCACUCUGGUCAUAUUCUUUUCAUUGAGGAGGACCAUUUUAUAUUUCCUAAUGCAUAUCGAAGUAUUCAGUUACUCACAGCCUUGAAACCAAAGAAAUGCCCCAAUUGCUAUGCUGCAAACUUGGCGCCUUCCGACGUGACAUCAAAGGGGGAACAAUGGGAUGCAAUGAUUGCAGAGAAGAUGAGCAAUGUUGGUUAUGCUUUUAACAGGACUGUUUGGAGGAAAAUCCAUUCCAAGGCAAGAGAUUUUUGCUUCUUUGAUGACUAUAAUUGGGACAUAACGAUGUGGGCUACCAUUUUUCCUUCUUUUGGCGGUCCAGUUUACUCACUCAGAGGGCCUAGGAGAAGUGCAGCUCACUUCGGGAAAUGUGGGUUACAUCAAGGCCAAGGGGAGAGGAAUGCUUGCAUUGAUAAUGGAGAGGUGAAUGUUGAGCUAGAUGACAUUGAUAAGGUUGUUAACAUCAAACCUGACUGGAAAGUGCACGUGAUCAGGCGUCAAGAAGGGUAUAAAGCUGGGUUCAAGGGUUGGGGGGGAUGGGGAGAUGAUAGGGACCGACAGCUCUGCUUAGAUUUUUCUUAUAUGUACCACUAUAGAGAUAACACUUAGUUCUUCUCUGGUUCAAAAAUUGAUUAGAUGAUUUCCACGAUUUCAUCCAAGUUUUGUAACUCAGGGAAGGUUCAGCAAUGAAAGGUAUUUUAUCUUUAUUGAAUUU